AUGUUCUCAUCAAAGUCUGGUAUAAAGUUGUUGCUCCUCGUCGUGCUGAUUGCGCUACUCGCCCAAGAUGGCGAGAGUGGCAAAAAAGUCGUUCGCAUGCGCUAUAAGAUAGGCGACUGGAGACCACACUUUGGCUUUCAUCGACCUCACCUGGCUAGCCAGCAUCGCCACCUCAACAGGCCGAGAAAUCACACGUCGAGCUAUAAUACAUCAAUGGCGGCUCGUACCGCAUUAGGCCAUGUGCUAGCGAACAAACCGAUUCUAUUGGAACAGUAUGUGGCUCGACUAGUGAUUGGACACAAGGAACUGUGCAGCGGUAUCAUAGUCAGCCCUACCUUGGUGCUGACAGUCGUCACUUGUAUAGUCAAUGUGCCAUUGGACCAAUUGCAGGUCAAGCUCCAAGACGGAUCUCUGUAUGCGGUGAACGAUGCAACCACUGCCCCGGGCUACUCACUGGAUGAGGAACAUCUCACUUUGUUGCAUCUUACAUCGAGUAUGGAUCAUAUGUAUGAGCAACGACCACCAAUUUGCUGGCAAGCUAUCAAUGCACCACACAAAGUGAUUAUCUGGAGCUUAAAUAGACAAAAAACGUUUACGAAAACAAAGGAUGUGCCAUUGAUAGCUACGAAUUCUUGCAAAGAAAUUCUACACAGCAAAAAUGGCACCGAUAAUCAUGAUGGUACCAUUUGUGUAAUGAACAAAAAGAUUACCAAGAAAUGUGAACCCACCUUUGGGUUGCCAUAUGAGUGGCAGGGAAAAUUCUGCGGGAUCAACCUAUUGGGCCACAACUGCCCUAAUCCGAGAUCUGUUGAUGUCUACGUACCCCUUAUAGACAAGAAACUAUAUGUCGCAAAAAAAGUUAUAGCGCUUAGGAACACUAAGCUGGAAGACGAGCUGAUCUGAUUUUUAAUUUCCAAAUUAUAUCCAGUUGCUGGCCGAAUCAAACGGCAAAUAUGAAAUUAAAUUCUUUUGCCUCA